GAGUGGGAGGGUAAGGACGCCACCGCGCUUGCGCGCUUCUUCUGCUUUACUUGUUUCAGUCAGUCUGUGGGAGGUGGCCGGGUCGAGACGCAGGCCUUCCCCAGUGGCAAGUUCCUGUGAAGACACUUAGAGCGAUGAACGGGUUCGGCGUCGGGAUGGCGGCCGCGGUGGCGACUCCGCCGCCGUUGAAGACCAGCAGCCACGAAAACCUCGAUAAGAUUGAUAUGUCUCUGGAUGAUAUCAUCAAAUUGAAUAAGAAGGAAGAAAGAAAGCAGAAUUUUCCGAAAUUAAAUAGAAGACUUAAACAGACUGGUGCCCGUCAAUUCAGGAUGAGAGUAGCCAGAUGGGGACUUCAACAGCAGACUGGUUUUGGUAAAAAUGGUUUGGGCCGAAGAGGAAGAAUGGGUCCUGGAAAGAGACGUUCAUAUGGAGUUAUCACUGGCCUGGCAGCUCGGAAAGCAAAUGGAAUUCGUAAAGGAGUCAGCCCUAUCAACCGACCACCUUUAAGUGAGAAGAACAUACAGCGAUAUUAUCCAAUGUUAAAAAGGAAGACAAACCUUCAGAGGCAAAAUGACAUGCAGAGGAAACCAAUCCCAGUUCUCAGGAGGCCUAACCAGUUAAGCAGAAGGAAUAAUGUUCCAGUCAAUUUCGCCAGAAAUGGGACUAAAUUAAAUCAGCAAAAAGACACACGCCAGGCAACCUUUCUUUUCAGAAGAGGCCUCAAGGUUCAGGCCCAGGUGCACCCAGGACAACUAUUAGACAAACCAACAGCAAAGAGAACUCGGCAAUGGCGAACUUCUACCACAAAUGGAGGGAUUUUGACCGUAUCUAUUGACAAUCCUGGAGCAAUUCAUCCUUCAGUAGGUCAGAGACCCCGUUUAACUCGUACUCCUAUACCAUCAUUUCUGAUGAAAAGGGAUCACCCUGAAGAGAAGAAGAUUCCUAAAGGUGUUCCCUUACAAUUCGACAUAAACAGUGUUGGAAAACAGACUGGGAUGACUUUGAAUGAGCGAUUUGGAAUCCUGAAGGAACAAAGAAUUGCUCUCGCUCAGAACAAAGGAAGUCGCUUUGUGACUGUGGGAUAGAUCCUUCGUCAAAGGGACAUUUGAGUGACAACUACUUGUUUGAAAAGUUGAGUUGACAGAAGAAAGUGUGUCCCAGAAAUUCCAUGGAACUUUGUUUCGAUACUGACAAAUCUAAAUAACUCUUACUGCUUUUACUUUGGAAUAGUAUUUUUUUUAAAUGUAUGAAGUAAUCCCCUGAGAGAACACCAGAGAAAUCCUGAUCUAUUCUUAAAGGUGUCCUUUUUGGUCUGACCGAAAAUUCUACAUGGACUUAAUUGGAUGAUAAAUGGGUAGCAUUCUUCUUUGGUUCCUCAUGCAACAUAUGUGCAACAGACCUGUAGAAGUGAAUUAUUUUUGUGAUAGUGCUGUUUAGUAUCUUUUCUUUACCCAUUCAGAUUACAUAGACAUGUCCAUUGUAACUCUUUUUAAAGAGGUAUGAGUCUGUAUCAUUGUAUUUCUUUUCUGAUUGGCAUUUAACAUGGAAUGGAUUUCAUCAGCAGGGGUACAAAGAAGUCCAUCAAGAAAUUCAGAAUUUCAUUGUUUGCAUGUGUGUACCUGAAACUUAUUUUCUUCUCAAUUGGAGGUUUUUUAGGCCAUAGGUCCGUAACAGAAGGUAAAUUUCCCAGUAUACCUUUUUACUUUUCUAGAAUAAAUCUGUAGUGACUGAAUUUUAGCAAGAGAUUUGACUCCAGGCAUUAGUCUCAGUGUGUUUAAGGGUUGUAAAUGCAUGUUUGCAUAAUUAACCUAUAGUGACCUUGGGGGAGAAUAUCUACUAUAAAAAUCUGACUUUUAAGUUUUUAUCAAAUGAAGGAAAUGAAAAGGGAAAUAAUUCAUGGAAUGGCUAGUCAAAGAAGUGAAUGAUGGGACUUGAAGCAUCACAUCUAGGUCAUAUAAGUAUUGUCUAGACUAGCCAUAGGCCUGGGACAUGUACCCAUGACCAGGUGUUCAAAUCAUUUUAAAAUAGUUGGCAUAAAUUGAAUCUGCCUUGUUAGGUUAGCAUCCUAAAGUACUGAGCUCCCCCAUCUGGGAUGUUAAAUUUUACAUUCAUUAAACACACUGGAAAAAAUGUUGUAAGUGACCCCUUAAAAAAAACCAUUUUGUAAACUUUAAUUUGUCAAAUAGAAAAAAAAAAGAAGAGAUAGUAAGCAGAUGGUGAGCUGUCACCUUGCUUUAUACUUGUGACCAACUUCAUGUUAAUGGAGUGAUGUUGAGACUCAGAAAUGGUAAUUUUAUUCAGGUUUUAAGGGGUCUGUUGUGCCAAGAAUGUGCUUGAGGAAUCCUUAGAUAGUUGUGUACCAUGAGUAGUAUGAUGCCAAAAUACAGAGGGAACAUUUCAUCUCCAGGUCUUGUCAUUUCUAAACCUGACUUUUUUUGAUGUGCCACAUCAUUUUUUUUAAAUGGGUGAUAGGAAUUUUAGAUCACAUUGACUUCUGAUUUUAUUUUCCUAUAAAAAGAAAAAUUCCUCCAUCCCAUCUCCUCAGUUUGUCCUCCCCCCAUCUCUUGCCCCUUCUGGGUUUUAUCUUGGUCUCUUAAGAAGCUAGUGAUAGAAAGCUGUCAAUGCCAUUUAUGUGCAUAUACCAAAGAAGUCAAGUCUAUAUGAGAGUAACUUCCUGGUCUAUACUGAUAAAGAAUUAUAAGGAGUUAGCCACGGAAUCCAAAAGUAAAUUAAAAUUGCUCUUAGGGCAUUUCUGUUUCUAAUAGAGACCAGGGACCCAUUUCAAAUCAUUUUCAUAGAUACAAAGCUUAUAGUCAAUCCAAGAAUAAUGGGAUUUAAACUGAGGGUGAUCCAGCUCAAUUGAUUAUUUUAAAAAAGAAAUAACCAAAAUCUGAAUACAAGUUUGCUACCAUAAUCUUUUGUGGAAAAAGAUUGAAAGGGGAGUAAAAAUUAUUUUUGUUUUCCUAUUGCAUUAGUCUUGGAAAUGAUUCUACAAAAGUAAUGUAAGUGAUGUUUUAUUUUGAAAUCCCUUAUUGAAUGUUUACAUUAAGUACAUCAAGCAACAGGACUGGUUUUGGUUUCUCAAGCUUCUUGUCUUAAUGCUUCCAUAACAUUAUUCAACCUAAAGUUUUCCUUUUAAAAAUACAAAUUUGCAUUUGCUAUAACCAAGUUGGAAUUCCUGAGUAUUGACUUUUAACAAACAUAAAAAAUGGUCAGUUUUGUUAAGGGGAAUAAAGUCCCUCUAUUGGAGUUUAA